GCUUCACGCCAUCUACAAAUUUAACUGAUAAACCUAAAAUGUGCAAGUCCAGAGUUUSGGCGAUUUUAAUAAGUUYUACUGCCGGAAUGAUUUGGGCAUUUAGUUUCCAAAUGGCUGAAGCUGAUUGUCAAACCUCGGUMUGGGGAGUACAACUUGCAAACCAUGUCAUGUCGACUUUGACUAUCGGUGAUAUCGAUAGCUGCUACAGGACUUGUGCCGCAAAGCCAGGCUGCAGGAGUAUAAACUAUUACAGAGACAAGUCCCUUUGUGAACUAAAUAGCAGAACAAUCGAGAACACGCCUCAAAUGACAGUCAUCAACGAAGACUCUGUGUACUUCAAGAUUCCAGAUGCCAGAGAGCAAAUCAUUAUGAUAUUUCCUCAAGCAAGUUUAAAARMUAAAGUUGUUCUGGAGAACUGGUUSGRAAAUUUGACAGCCUUUACAGUAUGUUCAUGGAACCAGGCAGUCACAAAAUAUCAACAAGCGCUCUUCAGCUAUGCCACCUCUGAUAGUACUAACGAAAUAUAUGUAGAACUCCUGACUAAGGAUUCGUCGACCACAUUUUUACAUGUGUAUCAAACUGUAUGGAGAUCUCCGUCCGGGGAGGCGGUGUAUCCUGUCGAUGGUGACUGGCAUCAUUUUUGUUUGACAUGGGAGAACAAUCGAGGUGAGUGGAAAAUAUUCAUCGAUGGCGCAGAGAAAUCUAAAGGGAUCAAGAACCCAGGCAGGGUUAUUUCUGGAAAGGGUGCUAUUAUACUUGGGCAGGAUCAAGACACUGUUGUCAAGGGAGGCUUUGAUCUAUCACAAAGCUACCAGGGCAACUUGACCAACGUGAACCUUUGGGACAGGGUCCUCACGGCACAAGAGGUAGCUGACUUAUCUCGAGCAUGCUCCGUUGGAGAAGGAAAUGUCAUCAUGUGGUCAGACUUUCUUGCCAGAGUAGACGGGGAUAUUGASGUGCUACAUGUAAAUGCUCGUAAUGGUUGUGCAAAAUAAGGUGUAUAUCGCCUCAGRCUUAAUGCAAUCCGUCGAGACUUUAGGGGGUACCCUUUUUAAAUUACUUUACAUGCCACUGAAAUAACCGAUAUUACAUUUUUAAAAACUCUAAGMAGCAUGCACUUUUAAAAUCACAAACCCACGAACAUUGCCCUGUUUGCAACCAAAUCUGUACAUGUCAGCUUAAAGGAAAUAUAUKGWUUUGUGUAAUCUCCAGAGUUACCUGGUUCGCGUGUUCUAAAUGGGCCCAGCCUAGAAUUGUGGGCUCGACCCAUGAUAUAUUACUGCGCGUGCUGCUUCAGUUGUAACUAUUGCUCGUUGGUUUCUUACGGCCAAUCGCAGCACAGGUGACAGAUUUUAGUUCAUUUCAUAGCAGCAAGCAUCAUAUAGCUAAGGAGUUAAAAUACUGGUGUAUAAUUUCUGUGGUCAAAGGAUUGAUUCGCGUUUCAGUUUUUUUGACUGUUUCUCUUCCUUGCUACGAGUUCGUAUCGAUCACAGGGAGCCCAAGAAAUGACUUUGAA